AUGGACUCAUCCACAUUUGGUACAAGAGUGAACUUUUCCUCGCCAAAUGUAGCGACACCAUACGUAAUUGAAAAUGGACAGAUUGUGGAGGCAUCACCCCAGUUUUACGGCACUGGGCAAUGCUGGGUGGAUCUGGGUCUGUGGUCAGCAGCGCAGACGACAUGGCCAAGUGGAUGUUGUUCCAUUUGAGUGGCGGGAAAAACCGCCAGGGCAACCAAGUGGUGGCGGAAAAUCUGCUCAAGGAAACAUACAAACCCAGGAACGCUCUCGCCACCAGCACCAUCAACACGUAUUUCAGCAAACCGAAAACGCCUGUGACAAUGAGCAACGACGGUUACGGCCUAGGCUGGAAGAGCGGAUAUUACAGAGGAAUACCAAUGGUACAGCAUUCAGGCACUACAUUCGGCUACCGGAGUUUCCUGACUCUCGUCCCCGACAAGAACCUGGGUGUGUUCGUGACUAUGACGGGCACUGACCCCAACUACUGGUUCCGGGGGUCGCUCAGCGCCUACCUGAUGGACGUGCACCUGGGAAGGACGCCCUGGAUUAACACCACCACCAUCUGCUCCUUCCCCGACCCCUGGCGCACACGGAGACGUCCCAGAACACGUCAUCGCCGAACAAGGGUCACCAGUUAUCAGGCUAGCCUAGCCCUGCCUGCAUACACCGGCACAUUCAGGAACGAAGCCUACGGGAACAUCAUCAUCCGCUACGACAGCGCGUCUCAUCGGCUAAAGGCUGUAUAUGGUAUUGGCAGCUGGGUUCUGACGUCACGCGGCAGCGACACCUUUCGGGCAAACUGGGACAAACCAGCACCAACUUUAGAUUUUGACUUCGAGUUCCUCACAUCGAAUGGAGAAGUAUAUGCAGUCAUACCUAGUUUUGAGAAAACAUUGCCCCAGAUAUUUUUCCGCAUCGGCAAUGGUAAUCUCAUUAUUGGUUGAACACCUGAAAUAUUCAGCGGAUCUAUUUUCUUUUUUUAUUGGGCCAAACAACACGUUCCUUUAUUUAUACGCUUGUCUUAUGGUUUUAAUCUGAAAUUUGGUUUCCUUGAAAGUAGUUCGGCCACAAGCCACAAGAUGGAAAUGCUGUCUAUAUUUUCUUUUUGUCUUUAGAUAAAUGAAUGUAUGGUAUUUCAUCCCUGAAUAAAAAGUUAUAUAAAUAUAUAAAUAAAUAGGGGUUUUAUGGAUCUUCAGAUUGUCAUUAUUCAUGUUGAUUAUCUUCAGUUAACAUCUACGUGACAUGGUUGUACCACACGUGUGCUUCU